GAAAUUUGCGCAGUUGCAUCGUGAAGGGUGCAGCCAUUAUUUUUUGGUGCUUUACUAGUAACUAAACGUUGUAGACUAAGCAGAAAAAUAUAUAUAUAUAUAUAUGAUACCGCGAAUCUUUUGCUAAGCUCUAUCUUAGCUGUUGCUAAGCUGAGAUUUCUGAGGCACUUUUUAGGGAAGUACACGCGGGAAGCCUGAGGACAGUGUGCGGUGUGUGUUUGUGCGUAGUCCUUAACCCCACCAUAACACGGAACCAUAACAUUAUUAACACGCACUAUCUGAGUCCCAGUGCAGUGAUGGACGUGUCGCUGAAAAUCGAGUCAUCUGAAAGUGUUAUGCCUUCAUCCUGCGAUGACAGUCCAUCUGCAGCUGAGUCGACUGCGAGCAUUUCUUCUCUAAUUGCGGCUCAUCAUGUCGAGCAGCUUAAGGAGCCGACCCCUGUGUUACUUUACCCUAUCAGCAUUAACAGUGCUGUAUCUGUAUUUAGAGACCAGAAGGUGCCCCAUGUUGUUAGCAGGGAGGAAGCAAGAAAAGGUACUGCAGCACGGGGCUACCCUGAAGCAGUGUCUACUUCAUCUGAGUUCACCCACCGUGCUAUUGUGCAUCUCAUUGAAGCGAUGCAUCGUUGCUGGGACAUGUACGGCUCCCAUGAACGCUCUCGUCUCUUCCAGAAUGUCCAGAGUGAGCUGGAGAACCUUGGCCACUCACUGCCAGUAGAAAAGAUCAGAAGAAAGUGGAACAACCUCAUUGUCACAUACAAGAGAGUAAAAGAGCGCAGCAGGUUGGGCAGAGGCCAGGCCAAGACCUCAUGGGAAUACUUUGAGAUGAUGGACAAAGUGUUAGGAAAAACAAAAAUCAAUCAGAGCGACCCUGCUUCAGCCACUCUUGUUGGAUUUGCAGCCACAGCUAAAACAGCUGUAAGGUCAGAAGAGCACCAGCCGCAUGGUGUGUCAGUCGCUGCAGUGGCCACCCCUUGUCUGCUCCCUAGUGGUCUCUUUACCACACCUUCCCCAAUUCCAACGCUGGUGACAUCCCCAAUGCUUUGUAACACAUCCCCAAAACCAAACCUCAGCCCUGCAUGCAGCACUGACAGUUCCAUGCCCACUGUUUCCCCCAAACCUGCCUCCAAGAUCACAAGGCAGCCAGUGAAACGCAGGUUUCGGCAUCUUCAGCUCGGUUCAGUGGCCUCUCGCUUUGCCCAGCAGCAGGGACACGCAGGUGAGCGUACUGCCCUUCUUCGCAAUUUCAUCACCAGUCAUGAAGAACGCACACGCCUGGAUGAGCAGCGUCAACGCAAAAAGGACGCCCGUGAGCGGCGCCAGGAAAGGACACUGGGUAGCAUGGCUGAAGCGUUGGGAAGGAUGGCAACAGCGCUGGAGUUAAUCUCAUCCAAGCAAGACACCAUCAUUGCCCUGCUCCAGAGACUGUCUGAUAAGCAUUAAGUAACAAAUCAAAAGAAGAUUUUUUAAAAUAUGUUUUUAUUAGAUUCAGAUGGACCUAUGUAUGUGUGUGCAGUGUUAUUUUUGCAUUUAUUGUUGGUUAUAAUUACAAGUAAAUUUAAAAAUAUUACUGAAAAGCUGUAACAGGGUAAGACAUUUUUCUUUUUUUAUUUACAUUAGUUUCUUAGGCAUACUACAUUUUUAAAUACAGUACUGCUACUGAUCACCACCUUAAAGUGUUCUGACAUUCUAUUUGAUAUAUGUAAUUAGAAUAGUUUCAAGGAUACACAGUCUGCAUAUAAUGUUUUUUUUUUUUUUUUGAUUAAGUUGAGCUAAUAAGUAAGGUUGAGCUGUAACACUUAAAUGUGAGCAGAGCAAAUAAAAACAGGAGUUACUGUUUUUUUUUUUUUAAAUACUCAUGUAAUUUAUUUCACAGAUGUUAAGAACAUACAGUAUCUUCAUCCUAAGUAUCCAUUCACCAAAAAAAAAAAACAAAGUGUUGUAAGUGAAGUAGGCUUUUCAGAUAAUUAAAUUAUGCACUUUUACAAAAAAAAAGAGCAAAGCGUGUAAGGACUAAAAACCUUUACAAUAACCAUUAAAUAUAUUAAAUCGUUGUGUUGUAUCCAACCACCAUUCCUUGAAUCAAGGGUUUCAUACCAUGAGUUAAUACUACUUAUCUCUUCGUUCACCAGGUAACAUCUAUAAAAUGUAUAAAAGACGGUACAUUCCUUUUUCACUUUGUUGCUUGCAAAUUUUGAUAAUAUACAUGAUGCACUGCACGGAACUAGUCACGAGCUCAACUUCUUUCACCACUAUUUUGAGAGAGUGGCUUUACACAAGUUACAUACGGCUUAUGUCUAUGUUUUUAAGAUCUCACAUCAUAGCCAGAGCACCAAGUAAAGUGCCCUUUAUCUGAAAAUCAAAAACAUCAUAAUCAUUAAUGAGAUUAGUGUCAUUUAUCUGAAAAUCAAAAAACAUCAUCAUCAUUAAUGAGAUUAGCUCACCCCUGAAUAAUGUCACAAGGGCACAAUGAUCAGGUUCACAAAGCUCAUAAACAUGAUAACUUAUUCAUGGUUCAUGAUCAUGUUUUGUUUGUUUUUGGCAGAUGAGACGAAGUUAGUGUUGUGACUAUUGGUCAGCAUCUACCCCUGAAUUCACACUGUAGAUGCAAAUAAUUUCAUCCUGAAACAUGGGAGCUGGGAACAGGUGAAGUUGGUCAGCUGUAACUGCACACAGCUCAGUAAAACUGUGACAUGAGAUGGUGGGAAAGAGAAGAAACAACACGACUUUUUUUCCACUUAUCCUGAGUAUCACUAGCAUACAAACACUUUACUGUGCAACUGCAGCUUGCCUUUUUUUGUAGAUCCUGAUUUUAAACCGAGUUCAUAUAAUAUACAAAGUAUGACUGAGCUCAGGUGAUUUCUGUGGUGUUUCACUAAUUAAAAUAAAGAGGCGUUUCACUCUGAAACAGUUUAUGUGGCUUGAAAAGUUUGUUAAACCUGAAGCGACGCU